AACGGUGCUGUUAAGGUUCUCUCCGGUGACAAUUUGCCAAUAUGGACGUGAUGAACGAGAAGAUAUCGAAAAAAUAACGAUAUCUCGUAGAAAGAUCUAAGCGCGUCACAUGGUUUAAAGUCUAAUCUCGAGACGGUAGCUCGACGCAGCGAUCAUGCUCGGUACGUUAAACAGUGCUCGCGUUAUUAUUACGCCGGUAGUGCGAACCUGGCUGGCGAGUUACGGAACGAAGUUGCGUCAGACGUCUCCGCGUCAGUUUGCCACGAACGAGUUGAAAAGGCGGCUCAAAGCUGAGCAGAAGGCCAAGGAGAAAGCUGAGAAGGAGACCAAGGCACUCGCAGCAGCGCCUCAGUCCUCUGAGAAAAAGGAUGUCAAGGAAGAAGAAAUUAGCCCAAAUGAAUAUUUUAAGCUUAGGUCAAAUUUGGUUAGUCAACUGAAAGCUAUCAAUGAUAAUCCUUACCCACACAAGUUUCACGUGUCGAUCUCCCUUGAGGACUUCAUCGAUAAAUUUAGAGAUAUCGUGAAGGAUGGUGAAACACUCGAGAACGAGGUACAUAGUAUCGCAGGACGUGUCCACUCCAUUCGAGGAUCUGGUGCUAAACUGAUCUUUUAUGAUCUUCGUGGAGAAGGUGUCAAGGUGCAAGUGAUGGCCAACGCGAGGUUGUACGAAAGCGAGGAUAAAUUUGUAGCAGAUACCGCGAAGAUUAAGAGAGGCGACAUCAUAGGCAUCGUCGGCAAACCCGCGAAAAGUAAAAAGGGCGAAUUCUCGAUCAUACCACGCUCUGUUACCCUUCUGAGCCCAUGUUUACACAUGUUGCCACAUCUCUACUUUGGUCUGAAGGACAAAGAAACGAGAUUUCGUCAGCGGUAUCUAGACCUUAUAUUGAAUGAUAAGGUUCGACAAAUCUUUCAUAUACGCGCAAAGAUAAUUGCUUACAUGCGCAAGUUUCUUGAUAAUAUGGGCUUUCUAGAAGUUGAGACUCCUAUGAUGAAUAUGAUCGCUGGAGGUGCGAUCGCCAAACCUUUCGUUACACACCAUAACGAACUCAAUAUGGAUUUGUACAUGAGAAUCGCUCCGGAGUUGUAUCACAAGAUGUUAGUCGUCGGUGGGAUCGAUAGAGUAUAUGAGAUUGGUAGGCAAUUCAGGAAUGAAGGCAUCGAUUUGACUCACAAUCCCGAGUUCACUACCUGUGAAUUUUAUAUGGCAUAUGCCGAUUACAAUGACCUAAUGGAGAUCACAGAGAGUAUGGUGUCCGGCAUGGUGAAGGCGAUACACGGAACUUACAAGAUAGAGUAUCAUCCGGACGGACCGGAAGGCAAGGCAUACGAGAUCGAUUUCACGCCGCCUUUUAGGCGCAUAUCGAUGAUGAAAACGUUAGAAGAGGUUGUGCAAGUCAAACUGCCCGACGCCGAUCAGCUUAAUACACCAACGGCAAAUAAGUUUCUUAGUGAUCUUUGCGAGAAGCACGAAAUCGAAUGUCCUCCCCCUAGGACAUCGGCGAGGUUAUUAGAUAAGCUUGUUGGAGAGUUCAUCGAGGAUACAUGUAUCAAUCCCACCUACAUCAUUGAUCAUCCUCAAGUAAUGUCUCCAUUGGCAAAAUGGCAUCGAUCCGAAAAAGGCCUUACUGAACGAUUUGAGUUAUUUGUUAUGAAAAAAGAAAUUUGUAAUGCGUACACUGAAUUAAAUGAUCCAAUCAUUCAGAGAGAAAGGUUCGAACAGCAGGCAAAGGAUAAAGCAGCUGGUGAUGAGGAAGCACAAUUGGUUGAUGAAAAUUUCUGCACAGCUUUGGAAUAUGGUUUACCGCCAACGGCUGGUUGGGGAAUGGGUAUUGACCGAUUAACAAUGUUCCUCACCGACUCUAAUAAUAUUAAAGAAGUAUUGUUCUUCCCUCAAAUGAAGCCAGAUGAUCCAAAUAAAAACAAGGAAGUAACUGAAGAUGACAAAGCGUCAAAUGAUAGUGCGGAAAAAUAAAGUUGAAGUUAUUUAAAGAAAAAUAUAUACAACUAAAUGAUUUGGAAAACACUUAGAAAUUUUUUAUUGGCGUAUAAAGUUAUCUUGAAUUGAUAAUUGGCUUCGUAUAAAAAAGUAUUUUUUUUUUAUUUUAAUUAAAUUAAAUUAAAAUAAUUAAAGUUUAUAAAUAAUGUUUCUUAUA